AUGCCGUCGAAGCGCGCGUCCGCGAACGGACGCGUCGAUCGCGCCGCGACCGACCGUUCGCGCGCGUCGACGCCGCGCGGCGUCAAAACGUUGAAGGUUCGCCUCGCGCGCGCGACGAAAUUCCGCGAUGAAAAUCGCAUUCCCGUGCGCGACAGACUCGGCGACGGCGCGAAGACGACGAAAAGCGCGGCGAAAGACUUAAGGCGAACGAUCGAACGGGCGACGACGACGGGCGACGCGCGGACGCGCGCGAAGGGUGACGUCGGUCCCGGGGAUUUGCGGCGCCGGUUGCCGCGGCGCGACGACGGCGCCGCGGCGAACGCGAAAGCGAAAGCGACGCGAACGUCUGGAGAUUUGAGAAACGCGUUAUCGGGGAAAUCGGGGAGAAAAGGUGUCGCCAACGCGAAGGGGCGGGGAGACGCGCGCGUGAACGCGCUGUUGCGACGAUUGAAUCUGUCUUCGUACGAGGCGGCAUUCGCGCGAGAGGAGAUCGAUUUGAUCGCGCUGCGGGCGAUGCGCGACGGGGAUUUCGACAAGCUCGGCCUGCCGUACGGGGUCAAGGUCAAGCUCGCGCUCGCGUUAGGACGGCGGUGA